UCGCGUUUAAAGAUUUUUUUCAACUCGUACUUUAUUCUCUUUUUUUUUUGUUACAAAAAAAAAAACAAAGUAAUAAGAUAACACAGAAAAAAAAGGAAUAUUUUACUCCUCUAUACAUAUACAUAAUAAUAUAUGUGAAUACAUACACGUAUUUGUGUUAAAGUGUAUGUAUAUAUGAAUAAAAAAAAAAAAGCAAUAAGAAAUACCUAUACGUAGUAUAAAAGAAUCCAGCAUCCAACUUAAUAUUUUACCAGGUCAGUUUUAAAAGCAUCAUACAAGAGAGAAUGGCUUCUAUUACUGGACAUUUGUUACGUUUCUAUAUGCUAUUAAUAGGAAUGUUUUCAAUGACAACAUACAGUGUAGAUCCAAAAUUUGAUCCAUCAACAAGAAUGAGAUUAGUUUUAAUACCAGCUGAUGCAAUGGUCGGUUCUGUUAUAUAUAGAUUGCGUGCCACAGAUGAAGAAUUUGAUUAUCCAUUAGCAUUUGAAUUAGUUGGAGAUGCAUCAUCAUCAAUAGUACAAGUAGAAACGCUUCCAUGUACAAAAUAUAAUUCAGUUUGCCAAGCAAACGUAAUAUUACAAAGACGUCUUGAACCAGGACGAUUUCAUGAUUUUCAAGUUUCUGUUAAAGAUACAAAAGGUGGUAUGUCAGUGCAAUCAUGUUCAAUAACAGCAACUAAUUUCACAACGCCAUAUGAUUUAAUAUUUCCUCAUAAACCGGGUAUAAUUAUAAUACCUGAGGACGCCAAACGAGGAACAGAAUUAGGUUAUAUUAUUACAAGAAAGAACCCACUUUCACCUAGACCAGUUUAUUUAGAGUUAUGGGGUUCACCAUUAUUUGCCAUAAGACAAAAAAUUGCUUCAGUUGAUACAACAGAAGGGACCAUAUUUUUAUUAGGACCAUUAGAUUUUGAAAAACAAGCCAUGUUUCAUUUAACACUUUUAGCUAAUGAUCCAUAUGCAGAACCGGGUCAAGAUAGUAGAAAUAUUGCAGGUUUAGAAGUAGUAGUUAUUGUUCAAGAUGUUCAGGAUCAGCCACCGAUAUUUACAAUGGCACCACCAGUAACUAAAUUACCAAAUGGAUUACUUCCAGGCGAUAAGGUGUUACAAGUUCAUGCUGAGGAUGGUGAUAAAGGUAAUCCACGUGAAAUUAGAUACGGUCUCGUGUCAGAAGGAAACCCAUUCACGUCGUUUUUUGAUAUAAAUGAUACAAGUGGGGAAAUAUUUUUAAUGCGACCAUUAGAUGAGGUUGCGGCUAUCACUCAUAUUGGAGAUCCUGUAUUAUUAACAGUUGUGGCAGAGGAAGUAAAAGUUAAUCGUGACGAACCACCGGCGAUGGCGUCAACAAUUCAAUUAGCUUUUUUUUUGCCAGAACGUAGCAAUUCUCCGCCAUAUUUUGAAAACGAUCAAUAUGUUACGCGGAUUGAUGAAAAUGCUCCGCAAGGAACAACGCUACAAUUUUCUGAUCCAUAUGUACCUAGAGUUUAUGACAAUGACAAUGGAAAAAAUGGAGUAUUUUCCUUGACUUUAUUAAAUAAUAAUGGUACAUUUGAAAUAUCGCCAAAUGUUGCCGAAAAAAGUGCUUCCUUUUUAAUUAGAGUUAGAGACAGUUCCCUUCUGGACUAUGAAGAAAGACAAUCAGUUGAAUUUCAAAUAUUAGCACAAGAACUGGGACCAGCUACAAAUUUAUCUGCCGCUGUUAAUGUUACUGUUUAUUUAAAUGACGUUAACGAUAAUCCACCAAUAUUUUCUCAAUCAGUUUACAGAGUAGAGCUCCCAGAAAAUAUGACGCUUGAUACAAAAGUUGUUCAAGUUCAUGCCGAUGAUGUUGAUACUGGAUUAGGUGGAAAAGUACGAUAUACACAAAUAUUAGGUUAUUUGAAUACAUCAUUAAAUUUAGAUGCUGUAACUGGAUUGAUUACUGUAUCAACAAAUAACCAUGGUUUUGAUAGAGAAGUAAUGCCCGAGUAUCAUUUAUAUGUAGAAGCUCGUGACAAUGACGGGAAUGGAAAUCGAGUUCAAGUGCCAUUAAUUAUACAAUUAAUAGAUGUAAAUGAUGAGACACCUAUUUUUGAAAAAUCAGAUUAUGAAUUUUUCUUAGCAUCAAAUUUACGAGGAUUUACAUCCCCAGCCUUUAUUAAAGCGACUGAUUUAGAUGCAACAGCGCCAAAUAAUGAAAUAAGAUAUGAAAUUAUUGAUGGGAAUUAUGAAAAUCAUUUCGAUUUACAUAAAAUAACUGGUGAAUUAACGGUACGUGAUCAAGUUGUUCUUAGAGACAGACAACAGCCACAGUCAAGUAAAAGACAAAAAAGACAGACCACUCAAAUGCAAUCAGAGCAACAACAACAAAUGAGCGGCUACAACGAUAUUUUUAUAUUAAGUGCUAGAGCAUAUGAUUUAGGAGUGCCAGUUAGAUCAUCUAUCACAACUAUUAGAAUUUAUCCACCGGAGAGAAGGACUAGAACUGUUACAUUUUUAGUUCCAGGCUAUAAUUUAGAUAAGAGAAAAACUGAAGAAACUUUAUCCACUCUUACAGGUGGGGAAAUAAUCAUUCAUAAUAUUAGAACUCUUGGUCCAGACGAAGCAGAAUCUCAAAAUAUUGUUGGAGAAGGAAAAGAGAGGAGUGUCGUAACAGCAACUGUCCUUUAUGAUGGAAAUUCAGUGGUAGAUCUCUCUCAAAUACAACAAAGACUUUCACAGCGAAAUAGUUCAUUUGCAGUCAUGACACGGGACGACUCAGAUGAGACAAUUUAUAAAGCUGAAAAUAAACUUUUAUUCUGGUUACUUAUAUUGUUGGCAGUCCUGAUUGCAUUAACAAUACUUAUUCUAUUAUUUUGUUGUAUAUGUUCCUGGUGUCCAUUGUAUAAUGCUGCAAGCAAAAGGGUUAUUAAUGUGAAUAAUACUGAAGAUGAUGUUCACCUAGUUCAUAGAGAAUCGGCGCAUGGAAGGCAAACAAAAUCUGUUCAGGUCGCAGAAUGGAUGGGACGAAGGGAAGCGUGGUCAGCGGAGAAAUCGUCAAAUUCCCAAACGAAACCGACACGAUGGGAGUUUAGUCGGCGUAACCACGGUAACGAAAACGUAAUGCAACAUAAUCAUGUUAACGAAAGCGAAGAUCGUCGAAUAAAAUCCGCUGACGAUCACCAUCCUCGUAUAAAAAUGAAAAAUCAUUUUAAAAAUAACGCAGCCAAAGAUUCACAUUUUCAUAGUUCUAAAAUAAAUUUAAUCAACGACCGAGACGUAUACGUAGAAGACGCUGAUGAAAGAAGCGAAAGAGUUUAUAAAAAUCAACAAAAUUAUCGAACUCAUGGACAUUAUAAUCAUAUAGACGAUGAUUCAAUGCGGAGGCAUGAAAUUGAUCGUGGAAGUGAUGCGGGUUAUGAAAAUGGUGCUGGUUUGAAACGUGUAAUGGAUAGUAAUGGUGAACUUUAUAUUAAGGAUGGUAAUACGGAAAUUUUGCAAUUAAAAACAAGAGGUAGCAGUAAGCCACAAGAAGAAAAUAUUUAUGUAAAUAUGCCACUGAAUAAAGUUUCAAAUUUACAACAACCACAUUUGAUAAUGGUAGAUGAAAGUGGAAAAGAAAUUUUAAUGAGAAGAUUUAUUGAAGAACAACCGGAUGGUAAACAAAUAAUUAGAGAACAUUAUCAAGUUGUUCCAGGGCCCACAUAUUUGCAACAGCCGAUGCCAAAUGAAGUUCAUACAAUAACUAAUAUGCCAGAUCAAGUUUUCACAGCCAAAUCCGGACCAACAAGUGUUGUUUAUUCUCAAGUUGAGCCUCAAGUAAAAGUGAUACAUACACAGCCCGCAGAUACUGUAAUUGUAGCGGAAAAUGGCCGCAGCAAUGAAAUAAUAGUUCGUAAUGAGCCUCUUGGUAGUAUUAAAAAUGGUGUGCAUGAAGCUAAAAACGUGCAAGAUGCGGUUACAAGUACUCAUGAGCAGAUUGCAACUGAUAUGGAAACAACAGCCGUACAACACACUGUGCAAAUGCAAAUUACCGAUUCAACUCAAUCUCUUACUCAGGAAUUAGAAAAUUCUUUAAAACAACAAAACGCUUUGUUGAGGCAAAUAUUAUUAGAAAAAGAAAAACUGGAAGAACGUUAUAAUCAACAAGAAUUGGCGUUAGAAACACAAAGCCUUCCAUGUCAGUCUACAGUAGCUAUAGCGACGCAAACGGAUUGUGAAGCUGCAACUCAAACAACAGACCUUGACUUAAUGAACGGAUCAGAGUAUCCAGAGUUCUCUAGAACACGGAGACGUGCAAAGAGUGAGAAUGAUGAUUCGAUGUCUGAAAAUGAUUAUGAAUAUAUUAGUUAUAGUCCAUCAAAUAGUGUUGACGAAGCUUACAUAGUAAAAGGUAAACGACAGGUUAAGAAAGUUAAAGGUGGUAGAAAUUUCGGUUCAAAAAAAGUGCCACGUAAAAAGGUUGUGAUGGUAGAAGAAAUAAAACGAAAAAUUCGUACUCCUAUUAAAGAGGAAAAUGAAGAUAUUCAAAACGAUCAAAGAAAAAGGAAUGUUUUAGGUAACACAAAUUCAAAUUCGCAGCGAGAGACAAAGACAUCGAUGUUAAGGCGAUUAAAAAAUGAAGGUGCUGGUAAAAAUACUCAAGCAACAAAAAUGAAAACGAAAACCCCACCACUUAAUAGAGAUAUUUUAAUGGAAAUAUCAGAUUCUUUAGAUGAAGGAUCCAGAGGCAACAGAAAACCCCAAAUCAGAGUAAAAGAAGUUCAGUAUUAUUCAGAUGAUGACUCAGAUGUUGAUGCCGAAGAAUUUUAUAUUAGCCGAAAUAUUUACUCUCCAGGCAGUAUAAAUGGCGAGUCCGAUGAUGAUCGGGCUAAUAAUGGUAAUAGGUUUGAAAUUCAUGUUUCAGAUAAUGGACACAAAAUAUAUACCACUCAGGGAUCAGAUUAUUAUAAAAAAUCUAAUGUUAAUAGUAUACCAGCAACACCAGCCGAAAGGCUAUCUCGAAAAGAUGUAUCUGGUGUGUCAAAAAGUAAAAAAUAUAGAAGACAAACUUCCGAACCCUCAAGCAGAGCAUCCAAAACUCCAGUAAAUAAACCCUAUCCUAUAGAUAAGGAUGAUCGAAUGUAUCAAAGUGAAGCUGAUUUAAUUGUAACAGUAGAAAGAAAUGAACGAGAACCAAGUGUAGAAAGUUCAACAAAAAGUGUGCCAAGAUAUAUGGAGUGGUAUUAUAGUAAAAAUAAAAAUGGUAUGAGUGAUAUUAAUGAAAAUACCAAAAAUUCUGAUAAAAAUUCUAAAACAAAAAUUGGAAAUAAUAAAAAAAUGAUUGGUGGUUCUGAAAAACGUAUUCAUAAAACAAGACAAACAAAAUCAGAUGACCAGGGAAUUAAUCAAUCUGAUGUUAAAUAUAAACCUGAACCAUUUCCAAGAAGUAGUACAAAAUUAUUAAAAGAAGAUGUAGCUAUGAAUAAAAAUCUUAAACCAAAAAUUUUAACAGAUACCAGUCAUCCAUUACUUCAACAUUCGGAACAUAGAUUUGAACAUGAAUAUGAUACUGCAAAAGAAAUACCAGUUCCGCCAACAAAACUGCCUCAUUAUAUGUAUCCAGAAACGCCACCAUUUGGAAAAACCACAAAAGAUGCCAAACAACAACAAAAACAAUCACAAACAAAAAUAGGUGAAUUAAAACCAAAUAGUACUAAAACAACCGUUUAUAUAGAUGCUUCCAAUCAAACAAAUGGUCCACAAUCAAAACAAUUAAAUGUUUCAACAUUAGAAGAUGAUCAUGAUUCAGGUAUUGCUAUGAAUUCAUUAUUACAUAGUAUGGGAAGACGUAAUCCAAUUGCAGAAAAGAAAAGUGUCUUUACAAUAGCUUAUGAUGAUGUUAGUCGAGUUCAAAAAAUUCAACCUGGAAGUGCUUCGCCAUAAUUAUUAUCCUUAAUCUUUUUUUUUUUUAAAUUUCAUUUAAUUUGUUAACUAAACAUUAAGUUUUUAAUAUAUUAAUAAUUAAAUAUAAAAUAUUAAAGAAGAAUUAAAAUUAAGAACAAAAAAAAAAAACAAUAAUUAACUAAAAAUUAUACAAUUAGGUAAUAAAUUUUAAAUAAAUCCAUAUAGUAUGUAAAUAGGUGUAUAACGAAUGAAAUUGAAAUUAAUGAAAUUAAAUUUUUAUUGUAUGUAUGUAUAAGUAAUUAUGUACUAUGAGUAGAUAGAUUCAUAAAUUUAGUAAAUUAACAAGUUGUGAUAGCGAAAUGUGCUUUUAAAGCAUUGUGCCUUUACCUGUUGUUAAGGAAUUACCUAUUUUUUUCUUUUUUGUGACUUGAUAUUACAAAAUUAUUAUUAUUAAAAAUAUAAAACAAAAAAAAAUUUUUUAAUUGAAUAAUUUUUAUUUUUUUUUUUUAUUAUUAUAUUAAACGUUAUUCCAUCUUUUCAUCAAUUUAUACUUUUUAAUUUUAUUUUUCAUGAAUUAUUAAAAAAAAAAAAAUUAAAAAUUUUUUUAUUGUUUCAUUUGGUACAAGUUCGUUACAUUUACUUUUAU